UUCUCGCCUUUGUUUGCAAAGCCUCUUCUCAAAUCGAGAGGAGACAAAGAGCGAAAGCAAAAUUCAGAUCCCUACUAAUCAACUGAAACUAACUGAGAAUCGAGUACUAAAAUAGAAACUAUAAGCAUCUAUAAAUCAAAACCCCAUAUUACAAUUAUCGAAACUGCUUAAUUAAUUACUGUAAAGUUGAAACCUAGAUUGCGCCACCAUGGAUUUGCGCUUCCCUUAUUCACCGGCGGAGGUUGCCAAAGUCCGGAUGGUCCAGUUCGGCAUUGUCAGCCCGGACGAAAUUAGACAAAUGUCAGUGGUGCAUAUUGAGCAUGGUGAGACUACGGAGAGAGGGAAACCCAAGCCGGGAGGUUUGAGUGAUCCUCGGCUUGGGACAAUUGAUCGAAAGAUGAAGUGUGAGACGUGUAUGGCUAACAUGGCUGAGUGUCCAGGGCAUUUUGGUCAUCUUGAGCUAGCUAAGCCUAUGUUUCAUAUUGGGUUUAUGAAACCUGUACUUAGUAUCCUUCGUUGUGUCUGCUUCAACUGCUCCAAAAUUCUGGCAGAUGAGGAGGAUCCCAAAUUCAAGCAAGCCAUGAGAAUCAGGAAUCCUAAAAACAGGCUGAGAAAGAUGUUGGAUGCCUGCAAAAAUAAAACAAAAUGUGAAGGAGGGGAUGAAAUUGAUGUACAAGGUCAAGAUUCGGAAACACCUGUCAAGAAGAGUAGAGGUGGCUGUGGUGCACAGCAGCCAAAAAUUUCAAUAGAUGGUAUGAAAAUGGUUGCUGAAUAUAAGAUGCAAAAGAAAAAGAGUGAUGACCCGGAGCAGAUGCCAGAACCAGUUGAAAGGAAACAACAACUCUCUGCUGAAAGGGUGUUGAGCAUACUGAAGAGGGUAAGUGACGAAGAUUGCUUGCUGCUUGGCCUUAACCCGGAGUAUGCUCGGCCAGAUUGGAUGAUUCUUCAAGCACUUCCUAUACCACCACCACCUGUUCGUCCCUCUGUGAUGAUGGAUACUUCGUCAAGGAGCGAGGAUGAUUUAACACAUCAACUGGCCAUGAUUAUUCGUCAUAACGAGAAUUUGAAGAGGCAGGAAAGGAAUGGGGCUCCGGCACACAUCAUUUCGGAGUUUGCACAGCUAUUGCAAUUUCAUAUAGCUACAUAUUUUGAUAAUGAUCUGCCUGGACAACCAAGAGCUACGCAAAGAUCAGGUAGACCUAUUAAAUCAAUAUGUAGUAGAUUAAAGUCAAAGGAAGGUCGGAUCAGAGGCAAUCUGAUGGGCAAGAGAGUAGACUUUUCUGCUAGGACAGUGAUCACUCCCGAUCCAACUAUUAACAUUGAUCAAUUGGGAGUUCCAUGGAGUAUUGCUCUGAAUCUCACUUAUCCAGAAACAGUGACACCAUAUAACAUUGAAAGGUUAAAGGAGCUUGUUGAAAAUGGACCUCAUCCACCUCCUGGUAAAACCGGGGCCAAGUAUAUAAUUAGGGAUGAUGGCCAAAGGCUUGAUCUCCGGUACUUGAAGAAGAGCAGCGAUCAGCACCUUGAACUAGGAUAUAAGGUUGAGAGGCACUUGAAUGAUGGGGAUUUUGUUCUCUUCAAUCGGCAACCGAGUUUACACAAAAUGUCUAUUAUGGGGCAUAGGAUCAAGAUCAUGCCAUACUCAACUUUCCGCUUGAAUUUAUCUGUCACUUCUCCCUACAAUGCUGAUUUUGAUGGUGACGAAAUGAACAUGCAUGUUCCCCAGUCAUUUGAAACCAGAGCUGAGGUGCUGGAGCUUAUGAUGGUCCCUAAGUGUAUUGUUUCACCCCAGGCAAAUAGGCCUGUAAUGGGUAUCGUCCAGGAUACCCUUUUAGGUUGCCGAAAAGUCACUAAAAGGGACACCUUUAUAGAAAAGGAUGUCUUUAUGAACAUCUUAAUGUGGUGGGAGGAUUUUGACGGGAAAGUACCCGCUCCAGCGAUUCUGAAACCAAGGCCACUUUGGACCGGAAAGCAAGUGUUUAACCUCAUCAUACCAAAACAAAUAAAUCUGUUAAGAUAUUCUGCAUGGCAUAAUGAUACAGAAAAAGGGUACAUAACUCCUGGAGAUACUCAAGUUAGAAUAGAGAAAGGGGAGUUGCUAUCUGGUACUCUCUGCAAAAAGACCCUUGGAACGUCCACUGGAAGUCUGAUUCAUGUUAUAUGGGAGGAGGUUGGGCCGGAUGCUGCUCGCAAGUUUCUGGGACAUACACAGUGGCUGGUUAAUUAUUGGCUUCUUCAGCAAGCUUUUAGCAUUGGAAUAGGAGAUACAAUUGCUGAUGCUUCAACCAUGGAGAAAAUUAAUGAAACUAUCUCGAAUGCAAAAGCCAAAGUCAAAGAACUUAUUAAAGCUGCUCAAGAGAAGCAAUUAGAAGCUGAACCAGGGCGAACUAUGAUGGAAUCAUUCGAGAACAGAGUGAAUCAGGUGUUGAAUAAAGCUCGUGAUGAUGCUGGAAGCAGUGCUGAGAAGAGUUUAUCAGAGAGCAAUAAUCUUAAAGCUAUGGUUACUGCUGGGUCCAAAGGAAGUUUUAUCAACAUAUCUCAAAUGACUGCUUGUGUGGGGCAACAGAAUGUUGAAGGGAAACGUAUUCCUUUUGGGUUCAUAGACCGUACUCUUCCUCAUUUUACCAAGGAUGAUUAUGGUCCAGAAAGUCGUGGUUUUGUGGAGAACUCAUAUCUCCGGGGACUGACCCCACAGGAGUUUUUCUUCCAUGCUAUGGGUGGUAGAGAAGGUCUAAUUGAUACUGCUGUAAAAACUUCUGAGACCGGGUACAUCCAGAGGCGGUUAGUGAAGGCCAUGGAGGAUAUAAUGGUCAAGUAUGAUGGUACUGUUAGGAAUUCAUUGGGUGAUGUUAUCCAGUUUCUGUAUGGAGAAGAUGGGAUGGAUUCUGUUUGGAUCGAGACGCAGAAGCUGGAUUCUCUGAAAGCAAAGAAAACAACAUUUGAUGACAUGUAUGCAUAUGAGAUCGAUGAUCCUAACUGGAACCCAAGUUACAUGUUGCCAGAAGCUGUCGAAGAUCUAAAAGGUAUUCGGGAGAUUCGUAGUGUGUUUGAUGCAGAGGUCCAGAAGCUUGAAGCUGAUAGACACCAGCUUGGGACAGAGAUUGCUGUAACGGGUGACAAUUCUUGGCCACUUCCUGUUAACAUUCAGAGGCUUGUCUUAAAUGCCCAAAAGACAUUUAAGAUAGAUUUCCGAAGACCCUCUGAUAUGCAUCCUAUGGAGAUUGUGGAAGCUGUUGAUAAGUUACAAGAGAGGCUUAAGGUUGUUCCUGGCGAUGAUUAUCUGAGCAUGGAAGCUCAAAAGAAUGCUACUCUUUUCUUCAAUAUCUUGCUCCGUAGUGCCUUGGCUAGUAAAAGGGUUCUGAAGGAGUAUAGGCUUAGUCGAGAGGCUUUCGAUUGGCUAGUUGGUGAGAUAGAGGCUCGCUUCUUGCAAUCCCUUGUCGCACCAGGAGAGAUGAUUGGCUGUGUUGCAGCACAGUCUAUUGGUGAGCCUGCCACACAGAUGACGCUUAAUACAUUUCAUUAUGCUGGUGUGAGUGCCAAGAAUGUUACUCUUGGUGUGCCCAGGUUGAGGGAGAUCAUCAAUGUUGCCAAGAAAAUCAAAACACCCUCUCUUUCUGUGUACUUGAAACCUGAGGUAGGCAAAACAAAAGAGAGGGCCAAAACCGUCCAGUGUGCCUUAGAAUAUACCACUUUGCGGAGCGUUACUCAAGCCACAGAAGUGUGGUAUGAUCCAGAUCCUAUGAGCACCCUUAUUGAGGAGGAUGUUGAAUUCGUCAAGUCAUACUAUGAAAUGCCCGAUGAAGAGAUUGACCCUGACAAAAUCUCCCCAUGGUUGCUUCGUAUAGAGUUAAAUCGUGAAAUGAUGGUGGAUAAGAAACUUAGCAUGGCUGACAUUGCUGAAAAAAUCAACCUUGAAUUUGAUGAUGACUUGACAUGCAUCUUUAACGAUGAUAAUGCUGAAAAGCUGAUCCUUCGAAUUCGUAUUAUGAAUGAUGAAGCUCCAAAAGGUGAACUGGAUGAAUCUGCUGAGGAUGAUGUAUUCCUUAAGAAGAUAGAGAGUAACAUGCUUACAGAGAUGGCUCUCCGGGGAAUUCCAGAUAUUAAUAAAGUGUUCAUAAAGAAUAGUAAGGUGCAGAAGUUUGAUGACAAUGAAGGAUUUAAAGCAGAAAAUGAAUGGAUGUUGGACACUGAGGGUGUGAAUCUCUUGGCUGUUAUGACGCAUGAAGAUGUUGAUGCAAGUAGAACGACAAGUAAUCACUUGAUUGAAGUUAUUGAAGUUCUUGGUAUUGAGGCAGUUCGUAGAGCAUUGCUGGAUGAGUUGAGGGUCGUCAUAUCUUUUGAUGGGUCCUAUGUGAACUACCGACAUUUGGCCAUAUUGUGUGAUACCAUGACCUACCGUGGUCAUUUAAUGGCCAUUACUCGUCAUGGUAUUAACAGGAACGACACUGGUCCUAUGAUGAGAUGCUCAUUUGAGGAGACGGUGGACAUUCUUCUCGAUGCUGCUGUAUAUGCAGAAUCAGAUUACUUGAGGGGUGUAACAGAAAAUAUCAUGUUAGGUCAGCUUGCACCAAUUGGCACGGGAGGCUGUUCUUUGUACCUCAAUGAGGAGAUGUUGAAACAAGCUAUCGAGAUUCCAUUGCCUAGCUACAUGGAAGGUGGUCUUGAAUUUGGCAUGACACCUGGACGUUCACCUAUCAGUGGAACCCCAUAUCAUGACGGAAUGAUGUCUCCAAGUUAUUUGCUGAGCCCAAAUAAUAUGCGGAUGUCACCGAUUACAGAUGCUCAAUUUUCUCCUUAUGUGGGCGGAAUGGCUUUCUCUCCUACUUCAUCCCCUGGAUACAGCCCGUCGUCUCCUGGUUACAGCCCAUCAUCCCCUGGUUACAGCCCGACCUCUCCAGGUUACAGCCCCACUUCCCCUGGUUACAGCCCCACCUCCCCUGGGUACAGCCCCACUUCCCCCACUUAUAGCCCAAGCUCCCCUGGCUACAGCCCGACAAGUCCAGCAUAUUCUCCAACCAGUCCGUCAUAUUCACCCACAUCACCCAGUUAUAGCCCAACAUCUCCGAGUUAUAGCCCUACAUCUCCUAGUUAUAGCCCAACAUCGCCUAGCUAUAGCCCUACUUCUCCUGCUUACAGUCCCACUUCGCCUGCAUACAGCCCUACUUCUCCUGCCUAUAGCCCUACUUCUCCAUCUUACAGCCCCACUUCGCCAUCUUACAGCCCCACUUCGCCAUCAUACAGCCCCACCUCGCCUUCAUACAGCCCCACCUCGCCUUCAUAUAGUCCGACUUCUCCAUCAUAUAGUCCGACUUCUCCUGCAUACAGUCCUACCUCCCCUGGUUACAGCCCAACAUCUCCCAGUUACAGCCCAACAUCACCAUCAUACAGUCCUACAUCACCAAGUUACAAUCCCUCGGCGAGAUACAGCCCCUCCCUUGCAUAUUCGCCAACCAGUCCGAAGCUGUCUCCUUCUAGUCCAUACAGCCCAUCAUCUCCAAGUUACAGUCCAACGUCACCUUCGUACUCUCCAACAUCUCCAUCAUAUUCUCCUUCAAGCCCAACCUACAGUCCCAGCAGCCCAUACAACAACUCAGGUACAAGUCCAGAUUAUAGUCCCAGUUCUCCACAAUACAGUCCAAGUGCAGGGUACUCACCAAGUGCUCCUGGCUAUUCACCAUCAUCUACUAGCCAGUACACCCCACGCAUAAGUGAGAAAGACAACAAAAGUGUCAAAGAUGACAAGACUGGUUAAUCAUUAGGAUAACACAAAGUUGUAUUGCUUUUCACUUUAAGCUUUCAGUGGCGAAACUGGCCCAUUAGUCAUUACUGUGCUUUCUGGAGCAUAAGAUUGAAUGACACUGGACAUUGUAAAAUAUUUUUCGAAGAAUGCUGGUUUUGUUCAAGUUUGUGGGUUCCUCUUUUUCGGUUGAGAAUGCUUUGGAUAGGGGGUAGGGAGUAAGCAUGGUCUCUUUUAUUGAGAUCAAAUUGUAUCAAUGGGUGAUUCGUCUCAAUGGUAUGUUACAUUUUGGAGAUUGGAAAUGAAUUAAUCGGGUUCCACUUUUCAACGGAAACCCGAAUAGUGCAACCUGCAA